GGCCUGUCUUCCAUGGCAUCGCAGCGCGCCUCGCGCCUUGUUGUAGUCUCUUACGUCCUGCUAUCUCGUUCUUAGCGCUUUCCUGAUCAUUUGUCUCUGCUCUUCUCCGACGAUCACGGAUGCUCUCUUGCUCUUGACUUUCAUGACCCUCACGCUCAACGCGACCCUCGCUCAACGACCCUCUCUCAACCACUCACAACGACCUCCCGCGAUGAACCCGGAUGCAUUCAGCUCGUUCCUGGCCGCCACCUGCUCCUGGGUCAAGACUUCUCGUCCCGCUGACGCGCAAAGGACCGUCGUCACACUGACACCUACGGACCCUAUAACCCUCGACAAGCCUCCCCUCUUGUCUCAGACCGUGCCGGUACCAGACUCUAUACCUCAUCGCAUAAAGCGCAAGCCCCCUCCUCGCAUCUUGGAACUUACUUCGACCGGCCCAGAACCACUUUCCCACAGCUUCAAGGUGCACACCGACAUGCUCUUCCCCUCGCCAGAUAUGCGCCCUCCCAGCAUCAUUCUGUCCACCAGCCCACCUCCUCGAUCGCAUCCCACGAGAUAUGACUCUGACUCGACGACAAUGCUAGGCCAUACAGACCUCUCGAGUCUGAAGGCGCGCCCGACGUCGCUUGCCGGCAGGCAGGAUCCGCAGACACGCCCCCGCUCCUUGACGUUACCCGGAUUAUCUUCGACGCUAGAACUAGGAAGUCCUUCAUCGGAGACGCAGGGGAAGUCAAUGGCCAUGCAUAGACCGCGCACUUCUCCCAGAGGCCCGCGACCCAACGCCGUCUCACUCCCGCGCUCGCCCUCGCGGCCUCUUAGGGGCACACGAUUCAUCACCGACGCCGACGAGCCCGACGACGACACGCAUCCUCAUACUUUCCCGAUCCGCGCCCUUUCGCCGUCUGCCGCGAAGCGCGGCUUUCUCAGGAUCGUCAUCCCGCGGAACCGGUUAUCAUUCGAGCAGCCACCACUCGGAACCUACAAUCACCAUACCUCGGGCGCAGUGACAUGCAGCUCGACGUUAUCCUUCGACUUCCCUCUCCCUCCUCCUGUCAUCGUCCUGCCCGACCUCGGCAGCUCUGUAUCGUUCGUUGAGAGCACCCUUGACGCCCUGUCGCGCGCAGGAAUGGAUAGCUCCAGCGAUCUGGAUCUCACUACAGCGCCGACCUCUCUCCGGACCUCUUUCAUGGACUCGGACUCCUUCUACACGGUAGCGUCGACGACUUGGGACGCUUCACAGGGAGGAGAGGUCGUACAGAGGAAGAAUCGACCGCUACCCUCAAUACCUUCGCUGGCUUCCUCUCUUCAUGCACCUCUGCGCAUUCGGUUUGCCCAUCCUCCCGCCUCCGAUAUCAUCUUCAAGGAGAACCGGCUACCGACGCCUGAACAGCUCGAGCGUGCCGCGCGUCUGCCGGUCAUCUCAGAAGAUGGGUCGGAGGUGCCCUUCUACGACCUAUGGAAGGACCAGAAGACCAUCGUUGUAUUCAUUAGGCACUUCUGGUGUCCAAUGUGUCAAGAUUACAUGUUCUCCAUCUCUCGAUCCGUGUCUCCCAAAGCCCUUCGUCAAGCCGGAGUCGAGCUCGUCGUUAUCAGCAACGGCUCCUUCAAGAUGAUUCCGUCCUACCGAAAAAUAUUCCGCACGCCAUUCGCGCUGUACACCGACCCGACUCACGCCGUGUACAACGCUUUGGGGAUGACAAUCCAGAGCCUCGAGAAGGGCCCGCGAUCAUCAUACAUCAAGCACGGCAUGGCGGGUGGCAUCGCCAUGGUCGUUGGCAAUGCGUUCAAAUCGGGCAUGCCGCUCUUCGCAGAUGGCGGAGAUAUCUCUCAGCUAGGUGGAGAGUUCGUCAUGGGACCAGGCCUGACCUGCACCUUCGCCCAUCGCAUGCGCUACACGCGUGCGCAUACGAGCAUCCUUAACGUCGUGGCGGAGGCGGGCGUCGAUAUGGUCGCGCAUGUGGAGCUCGAGCGCGGGGCCUCAUCAGGGCGAGCCCUUGAUGGUAUGUCGGAUGCGGAGGCCGCCUCGUGGAUGAGCAGCCGACGGAAGCAGCUCAAGGCGCUGGCAGCGCGUAAAGCGCGGAGGAGAGGCGGCGAGCGCUAUUGCGACGCUCAGGACGUGCGGCUGCCGUCUGAGUCUACGCAUGAAGGGUCUGCGGGGACCGCCGAGGACAUGGAAGCCAGUGAGUCAGGCUGCUCGAGCACGAGUAUCGCCACCACUGGGGAGAUGGACUCUUACGGAUACCUGCGCUCUGAGUGCUCUGGAGCGUAUGUGUGCUCUGACUCGCUAUGUUCUGGUUCGCCGCGUGCCAGUAUGUCCAUCUCCAUAGGCACAUCCUCAUUGCGCUCUUGGAUGGACCGAGAUUCGGCGCUCUCGGAGAUGAGAAGUGCAAGCAACACUACUGCAGAUACCAUCGUUUACGAGGAUGUGGAUCGUCGCACGUGUACAGGAAUCGCUUGUUGAAGGGCCAGAAUAUCACCGUACAUAAUCAUCAGUCAUUGUAUGUGGACGAGCCUACUGUAGUCACCCAUAUAGUUCCACCUUCUUGCUCCUCGCAGUGAAUUCGCAUCUAAUCGGAUAUUUUCCUUGGUUCCAAA